CCUCCUCCCCCUCUACUCCUCCCACUCUCUCUCUUUCACUCUCUCUCUAUAAAAGCCUCCUGUCCUCUCUGUCCACCCCAUUUUGCCCCAUCAUGGAGAGCCAGCGUGUCCUCUCGUCCUACAGAAAGCGCUUCGGGCCUCAAGGCUCCACUGGGUCCCCUGCAGUGUCCAGUCGAAUGAGCACUGGCCGCCUUUCCCUCCACAGCACCCCUCGCCACCUGACCCUGUCCAGCCCCGGGGCCCUGUCCACCUCUCGCCUGUCCCUGGGCGGCGAGCGGCUGGACUUCUCCGCUGACUCUAUGCUGAAGGCGCAGUACCGGGAGACGCGCACCAAUGAGAAGGUGGAGAUGAUGGGGCUGAACGACCGUUUCGCCAACUACAUUGAGAAGGUGCGCUUCCUGGAGCAGCAGAACAAGAUGCUGGUGGCUGAGCUGAACCAGCUGCGGGGGAAGGAGCCCAGCCGCCUGGGUGAUAUCUACCAGGAGGAGCUGAGGGAGCUGAGGAGGCAGGUGGAUGGCCUUAACGCAGGCAAGGCCAGGAUGGAGAUCGAGAGGGACAACCUGGCAGCUGACCUGGCCACACUGAAGCAGAGACUUCAGGAUGAGAUCGCACUGAGGCAAGAGGCUGACAACAACCUGAACACAUUCAGACAGGAUGUGGACGAGGCGGCUCUGAACAGAGUGCAGUUGGAGAGGAAGAUUGAAGCUUUGCAGGAUGAGAUUAACUUCCUGAAGAAAGUCCAUGAGGAGGAGAUGAGGGAGCUGCAGGAACAGUUAAUGGCUCAGCAGGUUCAUGUGGAUCUGGACGUGUCUAAACCAGACCUGACUGCUGCUCUGCGGGAGAUCAGAGUGCAGUAUGAGGCCAUGGCCACCUCUAACAUGCAAGAAACUGAGGAGUGGUAUCGCUCAAAGUUUGCAGAUCUGACAGAUGCAGCUAAUCGGAACGCAGAUGCUCUAAGACAGGCGAAACAGGAAGCCAAUGAUUAUCGCCGACAGAUACAGGCCCUGACCUGUGACCUGGAGUCCCUGCGCGGAACUAACGAGUCUCUGGAGCGUCAGCUGCGAGAGAUGGAGGAGCGCUUCACCAUGGAGACAGCAGCGUAUCAGGACACGGUGAGCCGUCUGGAGGAUGAGAUCCAGACACUGAAAGAAGAGAUGGCCAGACACCUGCAGGAGUACCAGGACCUGCUUAACGUCAAACUGGCCCUGGACGUGGAGAUCGCUACCUACAGGAAACUUCUAGAGGGCGAGGAGAGCAGAAUCACUGUUCCUGUGCAGAGUUUUGCCAACCUGCAGUUCAGAGAAACCAGUAUGGACACUAAACUGACACCGGAGGCUCAUGUGAAGAGAAGCAUUGUUGUCCGUACUGUUGAAACACGUGAUGGAGAGAUUAUAAAGGAGUCGACCACCGAGAGGAAGGACCUGCCAUGAUCAUGCACAGCUGCUGGAUCUAAUGGCAGUGAUGAGGACAGGACUGAGACGGACAAGCCUUCAGUCUCCCUCUUCAUCAAGUCCACACUAAUGCUUUCAGGCACUGAUCACAUCUCACCCAUUUCACCCCUCACCCCUCCUCACUGCUCUGUGUACAAACUAGGGCCUGACUGAUGUGAACAUUUUAUCACAGAUACCAAUACAAAUUUAAUUGAGCUAAAGUGAUGAUAUCGUCCAGUUAAUUUCAAUUGAACCGUGCUUUAUUAACUGUGCACUGCAAAAAAUAGGAUCUAGUCAACUAGAUGUCAAAUCUAGUCAACAUAUCUUAUAUUUACCGUUUU